CGGCCCGAUAGCGAAACCCCUUCGACAUCUUGCCACGAGGGUCACGGUGGGCCCUUCGUGAAGCUUCAUGGUGCUGGAUUCGGCGCAGAAUGGUUUCCAGCUAAUGUGUUCACUGGGCUACAUCGUGCCAUGGACCUUGAUGGCGUCCAUUGGAACGGGAAUGAUGCUGCCCUUGAGCAAUUUCUUGGCACUCAACUUCUUCGCGCAGAAGUACACAGAUUUGCCGCCCAAUGAGAUCCAGUGCCAAGUGAGCACGGCGCCUGAGCAUUGCCAGCUGGCUCUCAUCGAUGGCAACCGGCUGCUGACGGCACUGGGCCUGGUGAUGCCGCUGUGUCAGUUCCUGACGCUGCCCUUGGUGGGCGUCCUGAGCGACGCCUAUGGGCGCAAGAGAGCCCUCAUAGUGGUCUUUCUUCUCUCCAACAUCUCCUUAGUCACUACAGAUCUCUUUGUUUUCUGCAAUUUGAGCUUUUGGUUCUCCAUCGCGUGGCAGCCCUUCAUGAACACCCAGGUCUGCACCACGGUGCUGAACGCCGCCUGCGUGGAUCUCCUGAAGCCCCGGGACCGCGCAGCAGGCAUGGGCAUCAUCAACGCCUUAGACACCAUCGCCUACGUCAUUGGUCUCCUUCUUGGGUAUCACCUUCAGCUCAAAGAGACCUACAUCGUAGCCACUUGUAUGAACAUCGUGACCGCGCUCUAUUUGUUCGCGCUCUUCCCUGAAACGUUGCCACCCGAGAAGCGUUCCUGGGCGCAGCUGAAGCCUAGCAACUUUGUUCCCUGGGAUUCCAUUCCAAUCCUUUGGAGAACUCAAACCCUUAGAAACUUGUCCAUCGUGACGGCCAUCGCUGCGUUUGUGGACAACAGCACGAAUCGCAUGAUGGGGACCUACUACCAACGGAAAAUGGACUGGUCAUCACAAGACUCCUACUCCUUCGAGUUUUACUGGGAUAUCUCCAUGAUCGUGUGGAUGACGUGUUUCUUCUCCGUCAUCGUCUGGUUUGCCGGAGAGGUGGGCGCCAUGGCCUUUGGACGCGUGGCGAGCACCGUCUACAUCCUGGUGGGGGUCGGUUUACUUCGACCCGCACAGGCCUACAUCAACUGCUGCUUCUGCGCGGGUCCCAUGACCUUCGCCUUACCGGCCGUGGCGGGUCUCAAGAGUCGCCUCGUUGGGGAAGAGGAGCAGGGCCGUAUGCAAGCAGCCAUUAGCACCGUUUUCAUGGUGGCUGGAUCUCUUGGCUCCUUGCUGGGUGGUGUCAUGUUCGAAAAGCUGGGCAACGUGUCCCAGGAUGGUCACUUUCACGUGGAUCAGUUGGCCCAUGCCUUGGUCGCCGUGAAUUUGCUGGGCGCCUUCUUCUGCGCCAUCUUCUUCUACGACCUUUUCCAGCGGACCAAGCAUUUCAUCGCCGCACCAGACGCCAGGUGUUUGUCCGAUGACGUCUCUGAGGUCUCGGCCUACGGCAGCCUCUGAUGGCG